GCCAUGACGAGGGGGAACCUGGCCCACGUGACCUUCACCGGGCCUCCUCAUUGGGCUGAGCCAGUGGGGUUGCCACGGUAACGCGCAAGGCGAUGGUGGAUGCGUUUAAUGGCUAAAGUCCGUCCUAAUUACGGCGUAGGAAUCAACAUUUAAGAGACGCGUCCUAUUGUCUCAUCCACCGCGCUACGGUAUCACGCAGGCUCUCCGGGCAAUGGUUGAUCGCCGAGAGUUGUUGCUUUGAGCUUCGCCUCGCCAUGACUGCCAUCGCCAGGAGCGACCCACUCAGAGUGCCUCACACCUACGACGCUCAUUGUCAAGUGGAGGUGUGCAUUCAGGAGCCGUGCUCUGUCAAGUAUCUGGACGAAAAUGAAGUGUCCCAACGUAUUCUUGCACUUUGCUUCAACCUUGACCUCCUCAUCCGCACCGAGCUGCAACAACAGCAGUCGUCAUUGGAAACCAGCCCUAUAGAGUCAGAUGCUUUUCAAGCGGAGGCUGCGGAUGUUUUAGAAAAAAUUACAAGGACACUACAGCAUCUGCCUCCACCGGUUCCUGAGCUUGAGGACUAUCUGGACAGCCGUGGCCUCUCGCUCUUCUUCCCUCGAGUGGAGGUUUACAUCAUCCACGGCCGGCCUGUAGAUAUGCUGGAGCAGCCUCCACUUGACGAUUACUUCGAAAACGUGUGCAGACUAAAUCAGAUUCUGGUUCUUAGUCAGCAGUUGCAAGGCGAUGUAUAUCAACUCAAUAGGCAUAAAUAUAUCGCACAUCGCAUCGCUGUUCUCUAUCGAGCUAUGCACCAGAUGGGAGAUGUCGCCCUACUGGCUGCCUACAGAAGAGACGUGGAAGCUCGCUUCCCCAGAAUUAAAGCCUGCCUCAGUGUGGAGGAGCCAGGGAAAGGUCCACCACCGACGCUCCCAGACCACCAUGCCAAAUGGCUGUUGCAGCUGACAAGUGGGCUGGUCAAGAGUCUCCUGUCCCUGCCCUAUGAGCUCUCUGAGGGGCUCUCUCCAGCAAUGGCUAUGCUCUCGCACGCCUCCUGAUGGGUCAACACUGGUACUGUGGCCGCUGCAGUUGUGGCCGCCCGUUGUGUGACGCGAGACACCAGGUCUUACGCUUGUGAGAGAUAUAAGCAACACACAUGAUAAUGCCACUGCCCUCCGAUGAAACAUUCACACUGCAAGUAGACAAAUAUGCGUGAGAUGAACUCAACAAGCCGCAACAUGUAUUUGGGAAAUGGCUGUGAAUUGAUAAUUUGCUUGUCUCUUCACAUGGGGAAAAAGCCUCUCCACUCAUACUUGCAAACAUAAUGUCUGAUGAAACAUUCACACUGCAACUAGACAAAUAUGCAUGAGAUGAACUAAACAAGCCGCAACAUGUAUUUGGGAAAUGGCUGUGAAUUGAUAAUUUGCUUGUCUCUUCACAUGGGGAAAAAGCCUCUCCACUCAUACUUGCAAACAUAAUGUUUGCAUUGACAUUCAUAAUUUGUCAUUGUGGUCCUUUCGCCACUUAGCGGGAUUUAUUAAAAACCAAUGUGCGUGAAAGUGCUACCUCUAGGCCAUUAAUACAGAUUAGUGAGAGGAGGUAUGUAUGGGCGUAGCCAGCAACUCCAUGCAGUAGUGCAGUCACUGCACGUCGAUAUGUUAUUGUACCCCAAGUAUAACAUUUCCGAAUUAUGAUACAAUAUGGAAUUAAAGCAAGUUUUAGAUUGUGAGUUUAACUAGUUUUGCUCACGUGCCUUGACCGGUGUGUUGUGUGUGAAGGACUGGGUCUUUCUGCUCGAGUUUAGUUUUUUGUACAGUGAGUAGAGUGCAGAUCUGACAGAUUGAGAGAGUGGGGAUUUGCCACUUAAAGAGGGUGCAGGUUACACCUCUUAAAUGGGAACUGCACUGCAUUAGUGUUGACAAAACCUCGACUAAAAAAAACGAGGGGCAAUUCUGCAUCACUUUACGAUAGUUAAAGAUAUGCUUUGAAUGAAUAAAAAAGCAUAUUUUACAAAUUCUGUCAACGUGGUAAUAAUGGUUUGUCAUUUAAUAUAGUUUAGUAUACACGAAUACACGAUUUUGUCGUCAAAAUUGGUGUAUUUUUGUUCUUAUAAAGGCCUAGACGCACUGUAUUUUAAACGAAAUCUAAGGAAUGCAAUCCUGUCAACCAGUGCUCAUUUGCACCAGAAUUUCAGGUAGAUGGGAUGCAUCAUCAGACCCCAGUACGUGCGUGUGCACAGUAUCCGCAGUGUAAAAUAGUUUCACUAGAGGGCAGUGUGGUGUUACAUUGUUGUUGCUCUCACACUUGUAUGUGGCCAUUGGUUUUCAAGCGGUGAAUGCAUGCGCUCUGGGUGCUGGAAAUUUCGCCCCACAUUUGAGGAAAUAUAAAUUUUAGAUAAUGCAGUGUUGAGGUGCAAGCUCCAUGCACUGUCAGGCUUAAAGAGACCCCCCCCACUUUUGUCCUUUGAGGGAUGUGUGUAAGACAGAACUCUGUUCAUGGAAAAUAAUAUUCCAUGCAAUUUUGUGAAUAUAACAUUCUCCGACACUGAUUUGUUAGCACUGAUUGGGCUUUAUGUCUUACAUUGAUUUCAUGGUAUGACGCUUGUCAUUUCCUUACAGGAGUGUUGGGCGAUAUUUUUUUGUGGGCCACUUAAUGAAAUUAGCGUGUGCUGGCGAUGUCUCGUACAGGCAUGACAUCGUACAGUGUCGUGAUUGACUGACAUCCGUAAUGCGUGACUUCUAAUCUGUGUCUUAUCUCCAGGACUCGGCUCACUCUCAUUUAUCUCGCUUUCGUCUCAUCUUCAUUUCUUGUCUACAACUCUAUUGUCUCUUAUCUCUCGUGUAUCUCCUUCACCUAACUAAUCUGUAUUUCAUCUCACUCGCUAAUCUACAUGACAUUGCCACGUGGUGGCAUGUUUCUCGCCGCUUCUUGCAGAGGUUCACGGCUCGGUUCCAGUGGCCGCCCUGAAAAUAACUGUGGGUGUAAUUACCGUAAUACAUCGCUUUAAUCCGUCAGCUUCGCAGUGGACGUUAGAGAGAUCUCCCGACGUCAUGCGCAAGAGGAGGUCAUUAUGUGCCACAUUCGGGGUUCUAAUUUGGCAGUUACCUGCAGAUCGUUCAAUUGGGAUUGUACGUAACAAUCGUUGCACUCUUCUGGAACACUGUCCCAGGUUACUCUUGCAAAUGAGACUAUCCUGGUUACUCUCUUCCAGUCCUCACCUGGUGAACAAAAUUAUCUUGAAAUGUCACUUUGUCUUGGUGAGCGAAAUCUCUCGCUGGGCCAGCCCACAGGCUACCAUUUCGAGAAUCCUACCUUAUACAAAAUUCACAAGUAUUUUAUCAUCAUAUCAAAAUGUCUUAAACUGCACUUGUAAAUAUGCAAAUUGUAUACUCUAAUGUACGUAUAUUCCUAAACGUUGAUAAUCUUAAUGUAAACAUUGUUGUAAACAUUCAUGUGCAUAUUUAAUAAAAUGUUUUUUUUGUAUUAUU